AUGUCUGCAGCUGCACGCGCUGAAGCACGGCGCAAGGCUAUCUUGAGCCGAGGGACGGACAGGUUGGCGAAACUCACGACGUCGGCGCGGGGAGAGGACGCGCCUGCGUAUUUGCACGACGACCCACCUCUAGCCUCCUUCUCUAACAACACGCGCAGCUUCCUCGGCGAGGAGAGCAGCAACAUGCCCAUGCCUGCACCCGCACGCGCGUCGCUCUCGCCCUCUCCCUCACCUCAGCCUGCAGCUUCAUCAAUGCUGCGUGCCUCGCCUUCGCCAGCAGCUUCCACCGCCACCUCACCCGCAGCAUCCAAAGCCGGCUCGCGGCACACCUCCGGGACACAUGGACGCGAAACACAACACAACCCAGACCCGUCCGUCUGGCUCCCCGAGCAGCAGGCGCAGUUCAUGCAAGCUUUGCUGGCUGCUUCGUCUGGAGGUGGACCGGGAGCAUUUGGAGCCGGUGCAGGAGCGGGAGGGUUUGGUGGAGGAAUGCCUGGCCUGCCCGCCUCGUCACCCAUUGGCGACCCGAACGCCCCCGCGGACCUCUCGGGUCUGCCGCCUAUUGAUAACCCGUUCGCGGCGCUCAUGGGGCCUGGAGGCUUGGGAGGUGGUGGUGGACCUGGGGGGGCUUUCGGCGCAGGAGGAGGGUUAUUCGGGGAGAAAGGUAUGGCGGGUAUGGGCGGACUGCAGCAGGAACCCCCGAAAGAAAAGACGAAGCUCCAAAAACUCCUUCCUCUGCUGCACCUCCUCGUUAUGUGGGCCCUGCUCGCGUAUUUCGUAUUGUGGGCCGAACCGAGGAUGUAUGCUGCUACGACAGGGACGGAGCCGCCGUUUGAUUUUGGUGGUAAGGGGUGGAAGGAACUGGGGUGGAGGGGUCUUGGUGAGGGGUUGGGUAAGGUGUGGAGUAGGUGGGCGCAGCUUGGGAGGGGGAGCAAGGGUAUUGAGGGUGUGGUGGGACGGUUCGGGGUGCAGGUCGUGCCGUUCUUCUGGGCAUUUACAACCCUCCAAAUAAUCCUGCACUCGAUACGCAUCUUCUCCGGGUUCGACGCCGUCCAGCCCCCAGCACUUCUCGCGCUCGCGCUACCGCACCUCCCACCGCCCUUCCCCUCCCUCAUCAUCAACGCGUUGAAGUACGCCCAGAUGGGCGGGGCGUUCCUUGACGACCUCGCAGGUCUGGUGGUGGGCGUGGGGUUUGUGGUGUAUUUCUCGGGAUGGGUUGGGAGAGGUGAGGGAGUGAGCUGGGUUGAGGGGGUGGGAUUUUGA